CAGCAGCUGUCAGACCAAUCACAGAGCCUCAACUUACUUUCACUUUGACUGUUAUUUAAACACAGCACAGUGUUGGACUGCAGAUACAACCCUGCAAUCCAAACUUCAAUAACAGGUAAGACAUUCUGGUUAAAUCUUUGCCUCUCGUGCUCAACACUCGUCUUAUACGCUUUUAUUCAGGUAAAUAGGUUUUGAGUGAACAUGUUUUCUAAGUUAAAAGAAUCACAAUAGUUUGACCUUUCAGUCUAAGAAGGAAUAAUGCUUCUCCACGCUUACAACAAACAAACUGCAAAGUUACAAAGUUUGGUGACCAAAAUACAUGUAUGCAAUGUUUCAAAUCACAAGAUAAACAUGUUUUGUCGUAAAAUCAGAAAGCAGAUGUAAACAGUGCAGAUCUCGGAUAAACACGCGAGAAAGCAAAACCAGAGUUUAAAGUCUGACGUAAGAAUUAUGGACUCUCCUGCUGUCUAUAUGCACGGGGUAAGGUGAUCAGACGUCCCCGUAUUGGUGACCUGUCCCCGGCUGAAGCUGUCCCCGGAAAUGUCCCCAAUUCAAGCGUUUCAUGAAUGAGAACAAAAAUGUUGCGUUUGCACCACAACAACGGUUAUUACGGUAGCCGCGAGUAGGUAGGAAGAGCGGGUAAGCAUGUUGCGCGCAGUCCUGAACAUUUUUUACGGGGGAGUGCACUGCUACUAUUUUGUCUGUGAUCACGCAGCCCAGAGGAGGGGUCCACACUGGUCUCCUGCAGAGUGUACGUGACACACUGCACAAAUACAGGACCAUGUGCCAGCUCUGUGGUGGUCACUUCCUCUCAGGAUUUGAGUAAAACAAACAUCCUUUCCUCAAGAUGUCAGACACUGAUAUGAACGUCUCCUCAUCUCAAAAGCUUUGACAUGAGGUUUUACAUAAGUCAGAACAGAAGUAGGGGGGAGUGGGUUAAGUUGAGCCACCCCCUGUUGCUUGGAAAUGGUAAAAGACAUUGAUCAUGUGACCAAAUAUUUGGGAGAUGGGCAUCAAUUCAUGGAGUCUGUGAAGGUUAGAAGCAAAUGGGUGAAGGGGUUAGACAUUUAUUUAUAAAAAAGAAACAUUUUUCACUCUUGAAAGUGAAUUUAGUCAUAAGUUUCAUUAGAAUUGUAAUCAGACCAAAAAAUAUCAUUUUAAAUUUGUUUUAUACAUCAAUUGUGGUAUCUAUGAGCUACAACAUGAGGUCAAAAACCUAGCAUAAAAGUCCACCAUUUUAGUUUAGAGGACUAAUAAAGUCAUUAUAGUAGUUCAGGGGUAAGUUGAGCCAUUGGUUCAACUGAGAAUGUAAAGGAGUCUGAUGAGAGGAUCAGAGUUUCAGUUCAGAUUGUUGGAAUGUGUUACUUUUUCUUUUCAAAAAUACAGCUGUGAAUGUUCAGAAUCACUUAGACAUUCUCAUGUUAAAAUGGCUUUUUAUAAUAGUGUAUAAUUGAAUAGUGUAUUAUAGAUAAAAAUACACGCGGAUGUGAAGAAGUGACUGUUAUUUAUUUUUUUUAUAACCUUUAAUCCGACAGCUUUUGAACAGUCAAUUUACCUCAUGUUGAAAAGCUUUCAUUUUACAUCCUUUUUUGCUCAAGAGAUGAAGUUUGCUCAUUUCUCAUGAAGGAAAGUAGUCUAACGCAAUUUGACUGAAAGUUCUCCAUAAAACUUAUUUGUCUUUUUUAAUUUCAGACUCUUUCUGGCUGGAAAAUUAACCAAACACAAAACCGUCAUCAUGUCCACCGCAGACCAGCUGCUGGAGGAAAUGUACACCUGGAUCGAGCAGAGGGAGCAGUGUGCUAGGAAGCUGAAGACGCUGGCCCAGGAGCUGGAGUCGCUGAGGGAGAAAUGUAACGCCAGUGAAUGUAUUGGCACCACGACUGCAGUGGUUGGAACUGCAUUUUUGAUAGGUGCUGGAGUGACCACCCUGCUGACUGGCGGGGCAGCUGCUCCAUUGUUAGGUAUAGCAGGAGGAGUGUGUUCAGGUGUUGGUGUUGGCAUAUCUGUGAUUACUAAAAUCACUGAGCACCUCUUGUCCAGCGACACCAUGAAAGAUGCGCAAAGGAUAGAGAGGAAGGGCAAUGAAGUCUCAGAAAAUAUCCAGAAACUGUUCCAGAGGCUGAAGAAAGAGACACAGCGGGCAAGUUCCUCUUCAGACCCCAAUGACCUAGAUCAGGAGAUCAUGAAUGAAAUCCUCAAAGCCAUGGCCAGACGAAGUGGACUGCAGCAUCACUUCAUCCUGCACAUGCUCGGAAAGAGACAGCACCAUUUCGGUGCUGGACUAGGUGGUCCAAUGUUCAACCAGAGCACAUUGAUGAUCACACUUGGCAGUAUUUUAUCAUUCUUCACACUGAAAGCCAGCGGGGACAUAUUCAAACUGAUGUUUGUCAAAGGGGGUCAACAGCUGGCCAAAGAAGUCUCUAAAGUUGGACUUAAAACUGCACUUAAAGGAGGUGCUAUGGUAAGAGUCUUUGUGUGGUUGGAUAAGUAAGGGGUAAUGUUUGGUGAGCAGCUAGCAGAUGAAGCGGUGGUGAGUCAGAGGAGUCUACUCUCGCCACCUGCAUAUUGAAAAUGUAGAAGAUAUAAAGAAGAUAUAAUAUGAAGAUAUAAACAAACUGACAGAAAGUAUUUCUUUGAAAAUGGCUUUGUACUGGAAGUUGAACAGCAAAAAUGCAUUGUAGGAAGUCAGGUAGAUAAAACCAUGACAGAGGGGGAAAAAGUGUCUAAAAAGCUGUUAAGUGGUCCUAAAGGUUCAGAGCUUUUAAAGUUCUGGUGUUUUUCAUCCCAUGGCUUAAAAUAUUAAAACAUACUGAGUAUCAGUAGAAAAAAGUAAAGUCAUACACUGGAUCCAUGGAUUGAUCUUAGACAUCUGACUUGUGUGAUCAGGUUGUCCCUAACAUUGCUCUUGUUAUUCAGAUCGUAGGGUUCCAAACCAAUCAGAAGCAAGCAUUUAUUAUAGCAGGGCAAUUAGUUAGCAAAACAAACAUAAUAAAUUUGCCUUCCAUUGCUGUGUAUCAGAUAUUACUGGUACUUUUUGUCUAGUGUUAAUGAUGUUAAAAUAAAAACAACUUCAUAUUGAUCUUCUUCUUCACCAGGCUGUCGGGGGAGUGAUUGGUUUGGCAUUCGAACUUCCUGAGGCGAUUGAUCAAUGGAAAGAACUCGUCAGCAACAACCAUGUGACCGAAGCAAGCCAAUCGCUGAGAGACACGGCUGAAGACCUCCAGAAGAUCACCAAGACACUGAGAGAGCAACUGGAUAAAAUCAAGUAAGUCUGGAUAGAUGUUGAAAAGUUCGAAAAAAGAAGAAACUUUUACGAUGGAAUGAAUAAAAGGGCUUGAUAAAUGUGGGCCAUGUCCACUUUCACCUUUUUUCUGCACUGGCAACAACUUUUUCAAUUAAAAACCAAUAACCUGAUGCAAAAUGGUAUGUGUUUUUUACUCACUGAUAGAUCCUAACUUUCUAUUUCCCAUUUUCUCUUUCAGAGAGAUUUUAAAAGAUUUGGAAAAGCUGAAGAGCUACAUUGAAAACAGCGACAGAAGUCACAGUCAAAAGCAGGACUUCAUUAAUAUUGUUAAGAGAUACUGUGAUAAUAAAGAUGUGCUGGCAUGGCUGUCAGAGACGUACGAUACCGACAUCUUCUUCAAACUUGUGGACAUUUUUUACUUCCUGAAACAAGAGCUUGAUAAGAAAAAAAAGAAGACAGACCGAGAGGAAAUCGACAUCAUCUUUGUGGCACAUGGAUCCAUCGAAGAUCCCCUGAUCAUGGCCAACAGUCUGCUCCCUCUAUCCACAAUCGAGGACGUGUACCUGUAUUCUCCAUGGAACUGUGCUAUUGAUGCGUAUGCAGCUUAUGGUAUUGCUACAGGACUCAUAGAGCCUAAGCACAGGAUCUUUGGCUGUAUCAGAGCUAAUGGCUGUCGAAUCCCUGAUAAUGGCCAUUAUCCCGCCAAUCUGCCCUACUACUGGAACUCUAUGAAGAAUACUGGAGUAGGGUUGAUCCCAAACAUCUUGGUUAGCCCUCUGAAAGACCCUGAAGAUGACGCCUGGAACGGCUUCGUGUUUCUUCAGAAUACACACGGCGAGCCUCGUAAAAACAGAGUUGUCAUUCCAUUCAUAGUGCCAAGACUUUUCAGUAAUUUCGUGACAAUCCCGCUUUAUGUUGUCACUCUGGCCCUGUCACUGGUGCUCUUUAUCUUUCCAUUCAAAGCAACCUUCCACCUUGCUGCUUGUCUGAGUCGAGACUCAGACACGACAUUGAAUGGGUUUGAUGCAUACCUGAACGGGCAGUAUUCCUGCACAAUCGACCACUCAAUGAUGUCAUCCUCGAUGAGACUGUAUCAUGCAAAUCCUGGGCUGUACAAUGCCUUGAGGGCUGUGUUUGAUCAUUAGGUCAUGUUGUAGUGAAAACUACAGAAGCCCUAAGAGCUCAAUAAAUCAAAAGUAAAAGACGAGACAAAUCUAUAAUCAAGACAACUAUUUCCACCAUCUUUAUCGUCUUUAAAAUCCUGUCAUAAUGUCCUAACAAAACCAAAAAAUAACGCAAGCAAAAACCACACGAUAAAAAUUUGAGUAAUUCUUUUCGAUCCACCCGAUCUCCUUUCCUAACUUUGGUAUGAGGAAUGCCGUGGUGUUCAUUCGAUUGAUGACCAAUGCAUCAGUAGGCUUUGAUAACUGAUGGGAAACAGAUAGUACGAAGAGCAAAAGCAGGCAUACUGAAAUCCACCACAACAUCCCAGCUCUUAUCAGCAGUAGUCCAGUUUCAUUCUCUCUUUCUAAACAGAUAUCUGCGUUCAAGGUCAGCUCAAAAUCAGUUCUAGGUCAAACAUUUACACUGAGACACUAAUCUCCAAGCUGUGGUUUAUACCACUGAGGGAAGCCGUGGUAAGCCUCUGUGAAGCUUAGUGUUUACAAUGAAACUGUGACCCACCACAAACAGACGACUAAUGACAUAAAGUAAAGCCUCUGAGUAACUUGCUAUUUACAAUGAAACUAAGACUUAACACAAUCAUGAAUAAUGCGUCAGAGUGAAGCCUCUAUGUGUCUAAUUAUCUACAGUGAAACUGAGACUUACCAGGUACAGAUGGCUUUAACUCUACAGCCUACUGGAAGAGAUGAAGUUCAUCUCCUGUCUGAUCAAAACACCCGGUCACAUCUUAAUUUACUGAUCGGCCCUUAACAUUGUAACUGACAGAAAAGUCUUUGUUGGAAGUCAUUUAUGGAUAAUCAUAUUUUCAUUCACAGCUAAUCAACUUCGAAACAGUCAACGGCUAGUGUUUUAGACAUGUUUUAUACAAUAAUUAUGCACAAUACAAUUCUGACGUGAUGUGUAGCAUGAUGCAUGUGAGUAUUUCUUUGUAUUUAGAAAUCCAAAAUCUUUGGCUCACAUUUGAAUCAUGAAGGAUUUAUCCAAAAUGUGUUACUGUAUAAGAUGGCCACGCAAAUUAGAUUUAACUGUGCAUUUUGUUUUGUUUGUUAAAGUUUGUAGCUGGUUAGGGCCUUUAUUGCAGCAAUGCUCUCUGAGAGUGAUUCAACUGCAGUUAAACCCUAACUGAGAGUAAAGAGAGUCGUUGUAUCCUUUAAAUGAUGUUUGCCUGUAUGAGCAGAUUCAUCAUAGGCACACAGGUUAUUGCUGAAAUCCUGUACUUUGUAAUCAUACUUAUAAAUACAUAUUGACGCUUUGUAGCCUACACUAAUCAAUUCAUGUCUGUGGCUAACAGCAGAUAGAGUAAUAAAGUCACUGUUUGUUGUAAUUCUUAGUAAACUAUGGCUUUUGACUGAAUCUGUAUUUUAAAUGUUUAGGAGUUUUGUUAAGUUCACACUGCUGAAGAUAUCCAAUUUCCUGAUGUUUCUAUUUCAAAAUAAAAGCACAUUGACAAAAAAUUAAAA